AUGGAACCUGUUGUACAAAAGCCAGAAUCGGAUUCCUUCGGUCUGGAUAGCAAGAUGAAGCCUGCACAGCGUCUGUCUCGGGAUCCUCCCCGGUUAAAGUCAACACCACAGGACGAGCUUCAUGAUCUUCUGUGUGUUGGUUUCGGACCAGCCUCUCUGGCCAUCGCCAUCGCCUUGCACGAUGCACUGGAUCCUCGACUGAAUAAAUCUGCCGCCAAUGGCAUCCCCCAGCCCAAGGUCUGCUUUCUCGAGCGACAGAAGCAGUUCGCGUGGCACUCCGGCAUGCUGGUCCCCGGCUCCAGAAUGCAGAUCUCCUUCAUCAAGGAUCUUGCGACCCUCCGGGAUCCCCGCAGUGAUUUCACUUUCCUCAACUAUCUGCACCAGAAGGAUCGCCUGAUCCACUUCACCAACCUGAGUACCUUCCUCCCGGCACGAUUGGAGUUUGAAGAUUACAUGCGCUGGUGUGCCCAGCAGUUUUCCAAUGUGGUGGCCUACGGCGAAGAAGUGGUGGAGGUGAUCCCCGGCAAGACAGAUGCCAGCGGCUCCGUGGUCGACUAUUUCACUGUUCUCUCGCGCAAUACCGAGACGGGCGAGAUCACUGCCAGAAAGACCCGCAAGGUGGUUGUUGCCAUUGGAGGCACGGCCAAGAUGCCCGCUGGACUGCCCCAGGAUCCUCGGAUCAUGCAUUCGUCCAAGUACUGCACAACCCUGCCGGCUCUCCUGAACAACGAGUCCGAACCCUACAACAUUGCCGUCCUCGGAAGUGGCCAGAGCGCGGCUGAGAUCUUCCACGAUCUUCAAAAGAGAUACCCCAGAGCCAAGACGACGCUGAUCAUGAGGGACACCGCGAUGCGACCCAGCGAUGAUUCGCCUUUUGUAAAUGAACUCUUCAACCCCGAGCGCGUCGACAAGUUCUACAAUCUUUCCGCUGCCGAACGGAAGCGUGCCCUGGCCGCCGACAAGGCCACCAACUACAGCGUUGUCCGCCUGGAAUUGAUCGAGGAAAUCUACAACGACAUGUAUCUACAGCGAGUCAAGAACCCCAACGAGACUCAAUGGCAGCACCGCAUCCUCCCCGAACGCAAAAUUACCCGCAUCGAACACCACGGCCCCCAAAAGCGCAUGCGCAUCCACCUCAAAUCCUCCAAGCCCGAGUCGGAGGCCGCCGCCAGCGAGAAGGAGACUUUGGAGGUGGACGCUCUGAUGGUGGCUACGGGCUACUACCGCAAUGCGCACGAGGGAUUGCUCAAGGGCGUCCAGCAUCUCCGACCUACGGGACAGGAGCAGUGGAACCCCCGUCGAGAUUAUCGAGUGGAGAUGGACCCCAGCAAGGUCAGCCCACACGCCGGCAUCUGGCUUCAGGGCUGCAACGAGCGGACGCACGGACUGAGUGACAGCCUGCUGUCGGUUCUGGCGGCACGUGGCGGCGAGAUGGUCCAGUCGAUUUUCGGCGAACAGCUUGAGGGCGCAGCGGUUCAGGACCUCAGAAUCCGAGCCAUGCUGUAA